AUGGACUUCAUCCCAGACUGGCUACUGCACACCAUGUAUGGCCUCCCUGCACCAGCAGGCAAACGCCAAAAGCCCAUGCAAGUGCUAGCAGUAGGAAUCUCUAGAUCAGGCACCGAAUCGCUACGAGAAGCACUACACAUCCUCGGCUUCGAUCAUACAUACCAUGGCUUCGACACGAUCCUGCCACCCUGCUCACUAGAAGCGACAUACCGCCUUCUCCAAAAAAAAUACUGCACGGCGCCGAGUCCAGGCCCGCAAUCCCCCAAGCUUACCGCAGAAGAUUUCGAUACAAUCCUGGGCGACAGCGUCGGCGUGAGUGACCUGCUAGCAGCAGAGUUCGCACCCGAGCUCAUCGCGGCAUAUCCAGACGCCAAAGUAAUUCUGAACCUGCGGCGCGAUCUGGACGGCUGGUACCGCAGCAUGCAACAGACAAUGGGCUAUUUCGACUCGAACCCCAUGGACUGGGACUGGUGCAAGUCGUGGUUUAGCGCGGAGUUGUUCUGGGUCCGGCAGGCGAUGUGUCGGACGAUGAUGCCGCGGUUUUUUCGGGGGAGUUUUCAUUCUAAUGGCAAGUGGGUAUAUGACCAGCAUGUUGCUUCUAUCAAGGGGUUUUUGGACAAGGAGGUGCCGCAGAUGGAUUUUCCAAAUGGGAAUCCGCCCAAGGCGUGGGCGGAACGCAUUGCUAUGACCAUGGAGAUGCAUCAUCGGCGGGCUGUGUGGAAUAUGUUGGUCUUCGGAGGUGUGAUGGUUGUAUGGCUAGCCUUGCUUGUUUCCUACUUUUGGUGA